AUGCCGGAGAGCAUUGCAGACUAUGCCAAAAGACUUCUCGCAGUCGGUAGCGAUGCUGAUACCAGUCUAUGCCCGGUCAACCUCCAGUAUACGAGACGCGAUCUUGUCGAUGAUGAUACUGGUUCUGAGGGUGUUUUUAAUGCUGCGACGGAUGGGCUUAGUCCAGCAGGAAGGCAUCGUCAAGCCAAAUUGGCCAUUUGGGUCCUGAGUCGUACACUUCCAGGUGGCCGGCCUCCUUGA